GGAGGUGAACUGGCGGGACUCCGCAGCGGAAAAGAUCGGAGGGACUUGGGAAAAUGGGAGAGUAGUGUCUGAUGGGUCUCACAUCACGUACUGGAAGCUGUACGACUGGAAACUUUACUAGUAAAGUUCGGCUAGAUUAACUCGCGUCGCGUUGUGAUUACGGAACAUUGAUCCCGAUGCAAUGAGCGGCUCGAGGGAAAUCAAACUACUGCAGAGAGCGAAGCUCAAAGCUCAGAAGGGCCACAACCUCAAAGAGGAGGCCGACAUCUGCAACCAGCUGGGCGAGCUGCUGUCCCGGAGGGGUGAUUAUCAGGCUGCCGUUGAGGAGCACCAGCAGGAGCUCUCUCUCUCCGAGGCGCUCAGCGAUGUGAUUGGACGCGCCGUCGCCAACCGGAAAAUAGGAGAAUGCUUCGCAGAGAUGGGCAACAUUGAAGCAGCAUUGAAGCACCAGAGACGUCACCUGGAGCUGGCCGGCUCGGUGGGGAACCACGCCGAGGUGCAGCGGGCGCUGGCCACCAUCGGGCGCACCUUCCUGUUCCGCUACGAGUCGGACAGAUCAAGGAGCAGUUUGAAGGAAGCCGAGGAGGCCUUCAGGAAGAGCCUGGCCGUGGUGGAGGAACGGCUAGAAGGCUCGGUGCCGGCCCGGGAGCUGAGUGAGAUGAGGGCGCGGCUCUUCCUCAACCUGGGCCUGGUGUGUGACCACCAGGGGGAGCCCAAGCGCUGCAUGGAGUUCAUCCGCCGCAGCGUCUACAUCGCAGAGAAGCACCAGCUCCUGGAGGACGUGUAUCGGGCCAACCUCAACCUGGGCCACAUCUGCUUCCGGAGGAGCCAGCACUCGGGGGCGGUGCGCUGCCUGGAGCAGGCCCGGGAGUGCGCCCGCAAGAUGAAGGACAAGUUCAGCGAGAGCGAAUGCUGCCACUGGAUUGGCAAGGUCCAGCUGUCUCUCGGGGACUUCGCGGCGGCCAGGCGCUCUCUGAAGAAGGCUCUCCUGUUGGGUUCCCAGCAGCCUCAAGACAGACAGGACGUGAAGAAGAACUUUAGAUCUGCCGACCGAGGCUGUCAGCUGGAGGAGGAGGCUGGGGACGACCUGCGGCAGGCGAAGAGUUCCCAUGAUGCAGUGGGGCUGGCUGAGCAGCUGGGCGACCUGUACUGUAAGGUGGGCUCCUUCCCCAAGGCCCUGGAGGCCUACCGGACCCAGCUGGCGCUGGCGGAGGCGCUGGGCAGACCCCCCAGGGAGCUGGCCGUCAUCCACGUGUCGCUCGCGGCAACGCACACGGACCUGAGGCAGCCAGGCCCGGCGCUGGAGCACUACCGGCAGGAGCUGGCCCUGAGACGGGGCUCCCCUGCCGAGGAGUGCAGCACGUGGCUGAACAUGGCUUUGUCCCAGGAGGAUAGCGGCUGCAGCCCGGAGGAGGUGGACACCAGUUUCGAGGCGGCGCUGGAGUGUGCCCAGAGGGCGGGGCGCCCCGCGCUGCAGAAGCGCGUGCUGAGGCGGUGGCUAGGGGCCCAGCGACGGGGGGCCCAGCACGGCGGGGUCGUGGCCGGGCUUGGGGCCACGGAGACCGGGCUGGAGGCAGCGGAGGACAGUCUGGGGGCCACGGAGGCCAGGCUGAGAGAGCUGUGUGCCGCGGAGGGCUGGAACCCAGACUGCAGUGAUGGGGAGGAAGAGGAGGAGGAGGAGGAGGAGAACAGCGAGCCCUUGGUCGACAGCGACAUCGCCCUCUCGGACUCGGAUGAUGACCUGGACGGUUACGAGAAGAUGGUUAGCGGCAGAAGGAAGAGCGUAAGGUGGAACAAGAGGAACGAGAAGGGGGAGACCUCGCUCCACCGGGCCUGCAUCGACGGGAACCAGAGGCAGGUCCAGGCACUGCUGGAGCAGGGCCACCCCGUCAAUCCCAGGGACUACUGCGGCUGGACUCCGCUGCAUGAGGCCUGCAACCACGGUCACCACGAGGUGGUGUCUCUGCUGCUGGAGCGCGGCGCCAGUGUGAACGACCCCGGGGGGCCGCUCUGCGACGGGGUCACGCCCCUCCACGACUCCCUGGCCUGCGGACACUUUGGGGUGGCCAGGCUGCUGGUGGAGCACGGUGCCUCCGUCGCCCUGCGCGACGCCAAGGGCCAGACCCCCAUGGACACCCUGAGACACUGGCAGAGGACCUACAGCCGCGAGCUGGACCGCGACGCGCGGCAGGACUGCGCCGCCACAGAGGAGCUGCUGAGGAAGGCUCUAGCAGGGGGGGGGGGAGGGCCCGCGGCUCCAGCCAGGAGCUCCGCCCUGCUGCAGGACAGCCAGCUGUACGACGCCGAGUGCUCCGAGCCCCUCCUCGGACCCGCGCCGGACCCCGGCCCCGCCCGGCCCCCCCGGCAGGCCGGGGGCCCCAGAGCCAGGGGGACGGAGACCCCCGGCCCCGCCCGGCCCCCCCGACAGUCUGGGGGACCCAGAGCCCGGGGGAUGGAGUCAGCCCUGCUGUACGGGAACAGCGGCAGCGACUCUGACCAUGACUCGGACAGCCCCCCCCCGAGCCCCAUGCGACCCUUUCGGCCCAGGGUACGCGUCCAGGCUGGCCCAGCUGGCGGGAGUGGGGUACAGGAGGCCCUCGCUCCGCACGCCCCCGGGCCCUCGCUGGCCCCUGAGCCCACUCCUGCGGGGCCCCACGUCUUCGCGAGGGAAGAGUACCACAGCGUGAUCCGUGGCCUCGGCAGCGCCAGGGCCCUCCACCAAGGAGCCCUCCACAAGGACGGGGCCCUCCACCAGGGGACCCAGUCCCCGCUCACCAGCACGCCCGCCCUCUCCUCCAAUAGCAGGCCGGCACUGGUUCCAGAAGAGGAGGACCUGGCCGACGAUUGGCUGGACGAUGACCUGGGCGAGGUGGUUCAGGCCAGGAAGAAGAGGCGGGUGGGGGAGGAGCAGAGUGGACCGAGCGGGGAGGGCGGGGCCUGGAGUGGGGAGGGCGGGGCCUGGAGCGGGGAGGGCGGGGCCUGGAGUGGGGAGGGCGGGGCCUGGACUACUUUAACGACCAGAAGUCAACACAGGCAGGAGAACGGAGGUGUGUCCCAGAGGUCCACCGCUGCCCCCCCAGCUGCCAGCAGGGGCCCCUCUCUGAGCAGGAGCGGAGGGGCCCGGCCCCGGCCCCGGCAGGCCAAGAUGACUCAGAUGAGCGGCCUGGUCCGUCUGGGGCGGCGGUCCGUCAGCAGGCCAGGCAGCCCCUCCUUCAGCGAGGAGGAGGAGCUGCGCCUGGACACGCCCCCUCCUUCCCGAGCCCCGCAGCACACCCACGUCCCACAGAUUCCAGCCCAAACUGCAGUCACGCCCACAGCCAUGCCUCCCCCAAUCCGGAUGAGGGUCAGAGUUCAAGACGAUGUGUUUCUCAUUCCUGUCCCUCAAAGUGAGGCGGAGGUGUGCACGGUGGCGUGGCUCUGUGAACAGGCUGCCCGGCGAUACUACCAGAAGUGUGGCCUGCUGCCCCGCCUGUCCCUGCAGAAGGAGGGGGCGCUGCUGUCCCCCCUGGACCUCCUGCUGGCCGUCCUCCACACCAACGAGGAGGUCAUGGCGGAGGUGAGUUCCUGGGAUCUUCCUCCUCUUCCCGAGCGCUACAAGAAGGCCUGUCAGAGUCUGGCCGUCGAGCCCAGCGCGCGUGUGUCCCGGCUGUGCGAGGUGCAGGAGGGGGGCACCACCAUGACCCUUGGGGGUCUGGGCCUGGCCCCCGCCGCCCUGGCCCCGCUCCUGAGGGCCCUCAAGCUGCAGGCGGACCUCACAGAGCUACGUCUGUCCGGCAACCGUUUCCACGACGACCUGCUGCCCGAGCUGGUCGCCACGGCGCUCACCAUGCCCCGCCUCCGCGUGCUGGACCUCUCGUCCAAUAGCGUGACGGGGGAGGGGCUGGGCAAGUUGGCCGACGCCCUGAAGGGGCAGGUGGACCGCACCUUCCCGAGUCUGGAGGAGCUGGACCUCGGUCUGAACCCGCUGGGGGACGCCGUCUCAGAGCCGCUGUCCUGCCUGCUGGCCCGCUGCCCCCUGCUGGCCCGGCUGUCCCUGCAGGCCUGCGGCCUCACGGCGCGCUGCCUCCAGCACCAUCGCCUGAUGCUCGCCAGCGCCCUCGCAGGCUCAGGACACUUGAGGUCGGUGAGUCUUUCCCACAAUGCACUGGGCUCCACGGGCUGUGAGCUGGUGCUGAAGACCCUCCCCUUCCACCACCUGACACACCUGGACCUUUCCGCCGUCUGCAGUGAGCCGGGGGACCCCAUGCCACUGGAGCGCUUGGCCAGCGUCCUGACCCAGCAGGAGGAGUGCUCCCUGACCCACCUUAGCCUGGGAGGGAACGGGCUGACCGACAGCGGGUUGGACACCUUAGCCAGGUGCCUGCUGGUCUGUCCCUGCCUGACCUCUCUCAACCUGUCGGGGAACCCCUCUGUGACCUCCACCGGCCUCCGCAGCCUCCUGGCCUCCCUGAGAGAGGCACAGCGACCUUUGACCUUUCUCGACCUCCAAGGGUGCGGGGUGUCGGGAGACAGCGCCGGCCUGGAGGGGCUGACGGAGCAGGUGAAGGACCUCCGCCUCUGCUCCCAGGGCCUCAACAAGCUGGACCGCGAGGCCCUGCGUCGGGGCCUGGGCCCUUCAGCACGCGUCUACGAUCGGGGGGCCAGGCUCCGGAUCUCCGCCCGGCCAUAAAGGAGAUAUAAAUAUACGAACUGAGAGUCGCUCUUCAUUCACUGAUGUUGGUUUCCUGACCGCAUACGGAGACACUAGAAGAGGUGAACGUUUACGUUGUAGAUACAUUUUUUGUGAUUUAAUUGAUGUCCGUUUAUGUUUUGUCUUUUUGUUAGAAGUCAUGGUCUCUGUGACUUCUUGGGUGAUUUCAGAAGGCGAUUAAAGGGAGAAUUGUGAUGAGGUCAUGA